AGGUGGGUAGUAAGAGGCAACUCACAGCAAUAUGGUAUCAACUUUGACAAAACGUUUGCUGUGGGUGGAGACUUUGUAUCAGCAAAAAUUAUCAUUACUCUAUCUCUUCAUGAAAACAGACUGCUCACAACUGUGGAUAUUUUGUCAGUGUAUCUACACUCUCUACUAGAGGAGACCAACCUGGUUGUAGAAUAUCUGACAGGCUUUACUGUUGAUAGGUUUGAUGAUCCAGUAUGCUUGCUGAAAAAGGUGUUGUACAGACUGAAGCAAGGAGCAUGUGUGUGGGCAGAGCACUUUGGUGGAAGGUUGAAGGACUUAGGGUACUGGAGGUGUAUUUCAGCUCCAUCAGUGUACAUCCGUUCAGACAAAGACAGAGAGACUAUACUUGCAACCCAUGUAGAUGACUGUAUGGCAGCAUGCACUUCAUUCACUAAGAGACCCAAUGCAGAAUCUAUGUGCUUUAAAUCAGAUAUCAUGCACUACUUCAAGUAUAAAGAAAAGGAUGUACAAACCAAGGCAAACAUCCUUAGAAUGACUGUCUACUGUGACAAUGCAGCAGGAACAAUAAAGAUAUCAGUUCCUCAAAAGAUUGACCAGUUACUUGAAUCUCACAGUAUACAGGACUCUAACCCAGUCUCUACUCCAAUGUGUAAGAAUAUCUGGACCCUCCUUGACAAGGAUAAAUCCAAAGCUCCAGAACCUUAUUCUUCACUGAUUGGGGAGCUCCUUUGGAUUUCGACAGUGGUUCACAUUAACAUUUCGUUUGCAGUCAGCAUACUAUCACAGUUCCUCCAAAAGCUGAAAGAGGUUCAUUGGAAUGCUGCUAAGUGCAUUCUCUGUUAUCUCAAAGGAAUGAGGGAGCUGGGUAUUGUCUACAAAUUAGAUGGAAAUCAGAAACUGAUAAGGUAUUGCAAUUCUGAUUAUGCUGGAGAUUGCUCUGAUUGCAAAUCUAUAAUGGGCUUUGUCUUUGUUGUGAAUGGAGGACCAGUUGGUUGGAGAUCAAAAAAGCAGACUGUGGUGGCAAAGUUGACUACUGAGGCAGAGUAUAUUUCUGUCUCAGCAUGUGCCCUAGAAGCCAUCUGGUUACAACACUUCUUCAAAGAGAUAGGCCAAGGAUUCUGCAAUCAGCCCCUAACCAUCUAUAUAGACAACCAGGCUGUAAUAGAACUUACCAAAGAUCCGGUCUACUUAUCCAAGACAAAGCAUAUUGAUAUUCAA